AUGGAUAAAAGUACAACUUCUGCUUUUACUACAUACGCAACUUUUGAAACACAAAAUUCCCAAAAGUCGAAAUAUCAUUUUCCUUCGAUGACCACUGAACGACCCCGAAUUUAUGGCGAACAGGCGUUGGACGACAGAUACGAGUAUAUUACCAACAAUAAUUUAGAAACUCUUUUAAAUGCUAUCGAGGCCUCCCCUGUAGAUUUACCUCCUAAAAAAUAUCAAAUUGCCAAGCAAAGUAACACGAUAUCUCCUCCUUCUCACCUCUCCUCGAGUAAAAUCCAAAAACCAAAACCACAACUUCCCCCUUCUCCCACACCCCCCACUUCAUAUAAUCAUCAUCAACUAGAAGAACAUAAUAGUAGUAUUAUCAUUAGUAAGGAUCGAAUUCAUGCACAUCGAUUAUUGCCUCCCCCUCCCAUCAAUAAGAGUAUGUCGAUCUCUUCAUUGAUUGAAUUGGAUCAACACAAACCUAUUCAUUCUUCUUCUAUACCAUUAACCCCUCCAGAUUCCUCUUUAAUUUUCCCAGAAAUUUCUAUAGCACAAACUAAAUCCUCAAUCGAUUCCAUUCCAUUCCCUCGGUUACAACCUCCCUCUAGUAAUAUUUUCUUAAAUUCUUUUCAGUUGCCCAGCGUGAAUCAAGCAAUUGGUGAUAUUGAUCAUACGCGUAAUUCUUCUCCACCAUUAAUUUCCAACAAUAAUAAAAGAAAAUGGGAGGCUACUGAAAAUUCCUUCGUCAAUGGUCUGAUGAGCAUUGACGACAGGUAUGCAGUUGAGGAAACAAGGUCAAAAAUGCGUCGAUCCAUCGACGAUUUGGUGUGUGAAACAGAGGAAAAAGAUCCAUUAGAGCUGAAGGCAUCUUUAGACGAAAAUAUGAAGGGCACAUUUAAAUAUUUACAUGUUAGUGGCACCGCCAAAGCUAAACAUUUCACUUUAAAAUUAAAAAUAUUUCACAAUAAUUCUAUUACUCCAUAUAUUACUAGAUCACUUAUUUCCUUGUUUAAUCGUAUUAAUUCACAAACUGUACGAACAAAGUAUAUGGGUAUUGAGGGAGGUGUACUGUGCGCGAAGAAUUCUUCUUGGUCUUCCUUCACGAUCACAAUGGUGAAUAGUAAUAACAAUAACGCCAAUGGAAUGGGUGCAAUUUCACAAUCGAAUUCAUCCUCCGUCACCAAUUCUUCAGAUUCCACCCCGAUUACAUAUGGUUCGGAAAUAAUUCUCUCGGACCCUGCCUCGGGCUUUAUAUCCGAUCGUUUGAUAAUCAGAAAGGUGGAAAAAGGUAAAAUCGCUCAAGGUGCGUGCGGUCCCGUCAGUCAAAUGCAAAAGAUCGCCCUGCAAGCUGUACGUUCAGGUACACGUGAACCUCAUUAUCUAAGUGCCGCCGGUCCGAUCACAAUGGACGGUCCUCGAUCCCAAGAACAAUGUGCGGUCGGCAGUGCUUCUCCUUUUCUUGGUUAUCAAUCUUCAAAGGUAGUUCAUAUACAGAAUACCGAAUUUAUAAAGGAACCUUUUCGCAUGGUUUCUAUACAAUCCUCAAUUCUAUCAAAUAAAAAUGAUACCUCCAAUCCUGUCGUUGUCGAAGAAGUUGAUGACUACUUAUGUUGGACUAUUGUGGGAAUAU